GUGGCGUCAUUUCCGGAAGGGGGGGGCUCGUCCUUUCCCCUCGGCGGCCGGCCUGGAAAAGCCUAGAAAGUGCUCCCUUUUUCUUCCGCCUCCCGCCGCCCGCAAGCGGCGGCCUGCGCGGAGAUCCUCGCCACCAAUCGGCGCGCGCGCUGGCGUGGCCGCCCUCUCUCACGCGCAGGGGCCGAGUGCGCCUGCGCGCUGCGCGGCCUUUUCACGUGUCCUGAGCUGGCCGGGAGGACUCUCCUUGCAGACGCGGCCCGAGUGCAGAGUCCGGAGCUGCGGCGGCGCAAGUCAUGGCUGGACAAGCUUUUAGGAAGUUUCUUCCGCUCUUUGACAGAGUAUUGGUUGAAAGGAGCGCCGCCGAAACUGUAACCAAAGGUGGCAUUAUGCUUCCAGAAAAGUCUCAAGGAAAAGUAUUGCAAGCAACGGUCGUGGCUGUGGGGUCAGGAGGGAAAGGAAAGGAUUUCUAUAAUUGGCCUGAUGAAUCAUUUGAUGAAAUGGACAGUACACUUGCUGUUCAACAGUAUAUUCAACAGAACAUAAGGGCAGACUGCUCCAAUAUUGACAAAAUUCUUGAACCACCUGAAGGCCAAGAUGAAGGUGUAUGGAAGUAUGAACAUUUAAGGCAAUUCUGCCUUGAACUAAAUGGACUUGCUGUCAAACUUCAGAGUGAAUGCCAUCCAGAUACCUGUACUCAGAUGACAGCAACUGAACAAUGGAUUUUUCUUUGUGCAGCUCAUAAAACUCCAAAAGAGUGUCCUGCCAUAGAUUAUACAAGACACACACUGGAUGGUGCUGCAUGUCUUCUGAAUAGCAAUAAAUAUUUUCCCAGCAGGGUUAGCAUAAAAGAAUCAUCUGUAGCAAAACUAGGAUCAGUGUGCCGUAGGAUUUAUAGAAUAUUUUCACAUGCCUAUUUUCAUCACCGGCAGAUAUUUGAUGAAUAUGAAAAUGAAACAUUUUUAUGUCAUCGGUUUACCAAAUUUGUGAUGAAAUACAAUUUGAUGUCGAAGGAUAACCUGAUUGUACCAAUUUUAGAAGAGGAAGUUCAGAAUUCAGUUUCUGGGGAAAGUGAAGCAUGAAGGAAUCAUGUAGAACAAUGUACUGAUCACAUAAUUAACAAUUAUGUACUGUAUAUAUAUCAUUUUAGACACAUCAAUCAUGUAUCCAUAUUAUAGCUUAUUUGUUUAGUAUAGGUUUUUGUAUGCUAUGUGUUGCCUUUUUAAGUGGGAAAUACAUUUUAAGUUAUUCAUGAGCUGUAUAUUCACUGGUGUGGCACUCAUGGUUUUUAAAUAAGUUUAGUAUUAUCUGUUUAUAAUGCCUGUUAAUAAAAGAAUUUACAGUUUGGUAAAAUUGCUGCUAAACAAUCAUUGGAUCACAAUCCUUUCAAAUCUAUAAAAGAAUGAGCUGUGUUUCACACAAGUACUUACAAUUAUUAAAGAGAUAAUAUCUUCUUUGUUUUCAUCCCUAAGUUUUAAUAUUUUAGAAAAUUCAGUAGUAUUCCAUCUGUACUAUUAACUUUUCCAAAAUGAGAUAAAAGUACAAGUGUUGAAAAGUUCUGUUUAUAGCAUUUGAUAUGCAUAACCAAUUAUGUAUAUGUUCAGAGAAUUCAAGGAGGUGUUAGUAACACUUAACCUCUCCCUUAUACAUGAAGUGUACUCUAGGUCAGUGUACUUGGAAACAUUGCCUUUUUUGUGACAGUGGAUUAAGUCCCUGGUGGCGAUGAUAAGGCACAUACGUGAUGUUCCAUGGACACCUGCCCCUUCUUGUCCCCCUUAGUCCUCUGGGAAGUACACUAGUCAGGAAAUUCAUUUACCAAGCUCUGGUUAAUGGUGGCGCUUCCCUAUUUAUAUUUGUAUUAAUUGCUUACAGAGCAUACCUCAUACUAGCAGUGACGUUACACUACAGGAAAACUGUACUGUACAGGAAACUGUACUGCCUACCUUUGAUUUUUGAAAUUGUUGUAACUACUUAGAAAAUAGUCCUUAAUAUAGUUUGACUUUUCCUGUUAGUAAUAUUAAUCUUUUCACCUAACCCUAAGCAGCAUUAAAUAGAUAUGAAAAAAGAUAGUGUAUUUAUUUUAUUCUCCCUCCUUAAAAGCUUAUUGUUUGAAUUAUAUGCACAUGUAAGACUAUUUACAAUAAUUCACAGGUUAAGUGGUAUUGAUAAGUGGUCAUUCUUUAAUUUCUUAUUUCAGUGUCUUAAGAAUUUAAGUGCAGACUUAUAUAACAUGAUUGGUGGAGUUUCUCAUUAAACGCUGAGGUCUCUGUGCCAUACUGUAACAAGGCACUAAGACGAUACAGAGACCUGUGCAGUUGGGACAGCUGAAUCCAUCUUUACCAAUUUAACAAACACAAGAAACUUCUUUUUUAUUUAAGAGCUAUUUGCAAAUGAAAUUGAAAAAUGCGUUCAUCUUGUUUGUUUUUCUAAUUAUUUGAAGAAAUUAUUUGUAUUGAAUUAUAAGACAAGUAUACACAGAAAAACUGGGAAAUGACAGCACACUGAGAGUGUGUAUACAGUUGAUGCCUGUCAGAGCCUGUGCUGUGCCAGUGGUCACAGUCAUCACUGUGGCUGAGCCCACACUUAUCUGUCACAGUUUAUAUUACUGUCACCAUAAAUCAUUGGAGUUAGUAAUUUUUAAAUAAACUUAGUAAAUAUCCGAGAGACUAGCCAAUACUAAGUUCAUAAAUUAUACAUAGCAUAGCAAUGUUGCUGUUCUCUCGUGGAGUCUCAAGGUGGAAUUCUGUCAUUUGACUAUUUCUCAGUGAACAGUUAAGGUGGUGAUUGGGUUGUGGAUCUGACUGAGUAAUUGGAACACUUUGUGAAUAUAUGGCUUAGUGUUAACAGGAAAAUAAAGUAUGGUUUUCUUUUUAUACUUACUCCACCCUUCCUGUAGUGUGUUUGAAAUUGAUCAUAAAUCUG